ACUUGAUUAAACACACCACCACAAUCAAUCUUCUACAACAAUCAGUAAUACACAUCACAUCUUGUUAUAUUGCUUCUAUCCCUUAACUUACUCGGUACACACCUUGCGCACACGUACUCCCCACUUCUCUGGGCGACACAAUUCAGGGCGAGGCGCUUCACGGUUUCGCAACCAGACACUGUGCCGCCCUGUGAAUUGCCAAAGCCCUUCUCUCUAGCUACUCUAUUGCAAGCCGAUCUCCUCUUGAAGUCACUUCUUUAACACGUCUACGGGAACCUGCACCGUGCGCUGUUUGCCUUCUUUGUUUCCUGCAGCCGACUCUCACCUCAAACCGCCUUGCAUUACCGUCCGAUGCUCAUAUCACCACCAACUCAUCUGUCGCCAACAUGUCUGGAAUUUACUCUGUUGAAGAUCUGUUAAAACUACGAGCGUCACCGUUAAUAUGCAGACCACCAAAUCUCCCACCUAUAGAAGAAUGGAUGGGAACACAAGAUACUACGACUCGGAAGGCUCCUAACCGGGGAAAACAAGACGAAUCAGCUAUACAGAAUGAACCUUUUCAAAAGCGAUCUGCUCUACUUGAGCAUCAGCGUCGAUCGACCACGGAUCCCGACAGAAUAGUCCUGGGCCCUCCACGUCGCUCCUUCGCUUCCUCCAAUGUUCGCCCUGUGGGCAAAUUGCAAGACGACGACUCAGGAAAGAAAAACGGCGAUUGGUCUGAGACCAAAACCUAUGAGCGUCGCAAUACCCAGACUAAUGGUCGCUACAAUCAAAAAGAUGGCGAAGAUCAGGAACACGAAGGCCGCCGACCGAAAUGGGCUGCGAGAGACAGGAAUGACCAAGGUCUAGAAGACGAUGACGAUUUUUCCCGUGGAGGCUUCCGCCAAAAUCGAGGGAAAUUCUCUCAGCCUUGGUUUCGAAAGGAUACGGCAGACACCGAAGACACUGUAAGAGACGAUAGACAUCCGGACUGGCGGCGUGGCGAUCGUAGGGAUCGAGAAUGGGAUCGCCAACCUAAAGCCGAAGCAGAACCUGAGUGGAUGGAUACAGCCGAACCAGAAGAGCCGUUCCAAGCCCGUACACAGGAAGAUUUCCAACGUUGGAAAGAGAAAAUGAAGGCUGGAACCGCGACGCCGCAAGACAAACCUGAACCUGCAGAGCAAGCACAAUCAGCCCCGAAGAUGGCGUCACCCGAACCAGACGACUCCAUGGACAAGUUCUUUGCCAGAUUCGAAUCGAAACCAACUGAGCAACAGGCUGCGCCUGCCAAAGUACAUGGGAAGACACGGUUUGCCUCGCUCUUCAGCCCUCCGACCGAACAGAACAAACAAGUUGAAGCCCCAGCUUCAAUGCCGAGUGCUGAGAGACCUUCAUCUACACAGCUUUCGGAUUCUACGUCUGAUGCUGAUCAGGCUGGAUUUGCCCGUAUCCUUGAAAUGUUGCAAACCCGUAGCAACAACCCCACACCUCAAAGCCAGGAAACGACGGCAAAGCCCCGAACCCCCUUGUAUGCACGAGGCUCUGAACCUAAGCCUGAGAUGGAAUCGAGGCCAUCUUCACAGACGCUUAUAUCUCUUUUGACUGGCCAGAAUCCACCUCAACAACAGAAUGCCAACCUGAACCAGGGGCCUCCACUCCACGAACGAGUUCCUGAUCCUGAUUCUCCCAUUGCUCCACCUACCCACACGCGACAGCAAUCCAGUAUCAAUAAGGACGAGGUUCUGCUGAAUCUUUUGCGUCAAGCCAGCCAGGCCCCAAAGCCUCAGCCGCCACCGAAUCCUCACCAGCAACCUGGAACGAUGUAUGGCAUCCCUAGUGAUGCUAAUAUGCGAGCGGCAACAAGAAAUCAAAUGGUCUCUCCUAUUCAGGGGCAAGAACCACACAUGCCGCAGAGACGGGAGACUGGGCGAUCCAUGUUUGACGAACCCCCUAUAUCUGUGUAUCAGAUUGAACAACAGCCACGUGAGGACAUAAGGAGACGUGCGACUAAUGGCGCUCAAUCUAGUCUUGAUGACCCUUUGAUUGCUAUGCUUCGCACUCAGGGCCCAGCAAGACCUAUGCAACCACCUCCUCAAAACCUCCCUCCAGGUCUUCAUAGACCUCCUGGAUUGGAGCAAGUGCCCCGACAAAAUCCCAACUGGCCUCCACAACAGCCCCCGCAACCUCAGCAGCAGCCUGUGCGUCAACAAACACUCCCGCCGGGGUUAUCGGGUGCCCCUCGAGGUAUUCCAGGAGUUCCCUAUGGACCAUUACAGCCCAUGCCAGGCCAACAGCAAGCGCCACAGCCACGUCCACAGCAGCCACCGCAACCACCUCAUCGUAAAUACCCAGGUGAAUCAUCUACAGCUCCCGCAAUGCCAAAUCUUCCGCCUGGAAUGUUUCCACCCCCGGGAUUCAUGAAUCCUGGUCCACCACCUGGCUUCCCCGGAUCUAUGCCUGGCCAGCCGGCUAGAUACCAAAGUGAACCCGGACCAGGACCCAUACCAGGGCCAGGAUCAGGACCAGGACCAGGACCACAGCCGCCAAUGAACCGGGCGUUCAUGGAAAUGUACGGCGAAGCAGGAGGACGAGGGGUCGGUUUGAGAGGUGGUGCAGCCAAUGCCGGCAUGCCACCCUUCAGAUAGGACUUGUCGUGGUGGUUGAGUGACUCGAUCAAGUCCCGACCGGACUUUCCAAAGAACAUUCCAAAGUGAGCCAGAUGUUUUUGCGUCGUAGCUACCUGCGUAUGCUACUACUCCAGUGCUGGGAAGCCCAAACACAGAUGAAGAAGAGAACAGAAAAGAAAGGAAAACUGUAUGCCUCUCCAGAAGUCACAUGUCAUACGAGUCACUUUUGCUUGUCCGAUCGAAUCGUGUGUAGAGUCAAGACACAACCGAGAAAACAAGCCAACAAAGAUCAAGAAACUCAGAUCAAGCACAGAAUUACCCUCGAGUAUUCCUUGUCCUCAAGUGUACUGUGCUACUCAGCACCAAGAGGUGGUCUUCUAUAUUUAUUUAAACGAAACAGAAACCACCAGACAAUCAUUAACAUAUUUGCAUCCAA